AGCAUCUGUUUUAAAAAUAAUACUCAUUGCAGUUAGAAUAAUAUACUUAGAGAUGAUUAGAUAGGUACCAAAACUUAGUUAAUACUUGAUAACUAAGCACGUACUUGGAUAACCAGCAGCGUGUUAUUCGUAACUACUCCUUUUGAGUUUUCAAAAUAAAUUGUAAUAAAUAAACACAGGAAGAAAUUCAAAAUGACAACAUUAUUCAGCAAAUUCAAAGUAUUAGCCACAAAGUAUCCAAUGGUGAGGGGUAUGGUGUCAUAUAGUCUCAUUUGGCCAACCAGCAGCAUUAUACAACAAACAAUUGAAGGAAAAAGUUGGGUUACAUAUUUGUUUACAGGUUCUUAUGAUUGGUGGAGAUGUCUGAGAUUUAGUUUAUAUGGUGGAUUCUUUGUUGCACCAACACUUUAUGGCUGGGUUAGAUUAUCAUCUGCAAUGUGGCCAGUAACAUCAUUCCGUACUGGUGUAAUUAAAGCAGCAGUUGAACAAAUUUCCUACACUCCAGCAGCAAUGACGUGUUUCUUCUUUAUCAUGAGUUUACUAGAAAUGAAAACUUUACGAGAAGCUUUUGCUGAAGUUGCAAAUAAGGUCCCACCAACUUAUAAGGUGGCCGUAUGUGUUUGGCCCUUCUUGGCAACAAUCAACUUCUCCCUCAUCCCCGAACGUAAUCGAGUACCAUUCAUUUCAAUGUGCAGUCUAUUAUGGACAAUAUUCUUAGCUUACAUGAAACACCUAGAAAAGGAAGAAGACCCACCAAUUAAGACAUAAUUUGUCUCAGU